AGAACUCAGAAGCGCUCGUGUGUCACGUGAUGUUGACGUCAGUCGCCCUGCGUUACUGUGCGCCACUGAUGCAGGGGGACCCAUCAUGGCGUCGAUGCAGAAAAGGUUACAGAAAGAACUGCUAGCCUUGCAGAAUGAUCCACCCCCUGGAAUGACCCUAAAUGAGAAGAGCGUACAGAACACCAUCACACAAUGGAUUGUGGAUAUGGAAGGAGCCUCUGGUACUCUUUAUGAAGGGGAGAAAUUUCAGCUUCUAUUUAAAUUUAGUAGUCGUUAUCCCUUUGACUCGCCUCAGGUAAUGUUCACAGGAGACAAUAUACCUGUCCAUCCCCACGUUUAUAGCAAUGGCCACAUCUGCCUGUCCAUCUUAACGGAGGACUGGUCACCAGCUCUUUCGGUGCAGUCUGUUUGUCUUAGCAUUAUUAGCAUGCUGUCUAGCUGCAAAGAGAAGAGGCGGCCACCUGAUAACUCCUUUUAUGUACGGACAUGUAAUAAAAAUCCAAAGAAGACAAAAUGGUGGUAUCAUGAUGACACCUGUUAAUAUGAACUUUCUAGAACUCCUGGAGGGAAGAAGUCCUACUGACCUAUAAAAGCACUUUUUUAAAAUCAUAUGGUCUCUGAACUUUACCCUUGGACUCAAACUCAAGCAUGGACUCAGACCACAAACAUGGGAGAUGAUGUCAGCUGUGUUACUGGUAACCAGUUGGAUGCAUGUUUGGGGGGGGGGGAACAGAUGAAGAAAGGAAAUAAAUUUCAAAGAGAAUGGAAAUGGACCCAUCAUCCGUUUGGUGUGGAGAAAUGUAGAUUUAUCCAGGAAGAAUGAAUUCUUUUUGUAGUGAGAUUGUUUUGUCUUGGACCACACAUGUUCCUGUUCUUUUUUUUGUCAUUGGUAUGUUUUAGGGUCCAUGUGUCUCGUGCAAUAACAAGGAUGGGUGCAUAGCAGGGCCAAUAAUGAGAAAUCCAAAUCAUAUUGUAGAAAUCCAAAAACAAAUCUGGAAAAGAUUGUAGUGUCCCUUUGCUUAUCUUUCCUUUAUUCCUACUGAAAUUAUAUGCACUGUGAAAUGAACUAAGAAAAGAAAAGUUCAUUGUGAAACAGACAUGCAGUUCUACCGAUGGCACACCACUUCAGGGGGUAAAAUUCGGAUGCUUCACUGUAAAUAGUUUAAUUUAAGAACGGUACAGUUUUAUCUCAUUCAUCGCCAGUUCUGAUAUCACAGCAAAUGGUGUUUUCAUUGUCUGUUAUGCUUGUUUGGACUAUAUUUGCUCUGUAUGAGCAUUAACCAACCUUGACCAUCCAUGAACUCAUAUUUACCUCUACCAAGUCAUAUGGGAUGGAACCAGUGUUCUAUGUAGUUUUGGCUUUGAAGCAAAGCUAGGUAACCCAAUAUAUUGAAUGUUGGCAAGAAAGUUCCGUCUUGUUCUAUCUUAUUUGUAUAAAAUGUUUUGUAUUGAGAUGUCAGCUCAAAUCUCUUUAAACUAUUCCAUUUUAAAUGUUUUCUUCCUUGAUUGCUUUCACAUUUUUUUUUUUUUUUUUUUUUGGUCAUGCUUUUACUUUUUUUUUCUUUUUUUUUUUUGGUACGAGUAAUGAAAAAAGUUGAAGAAUGGCAGUAUGUUUGGGAAUGUAUGUCUUAUUUAAUUCUGGGUACUUGUUUUAUUCUCUGUAACCUCAGAUGGUUUGGAAGUUAUUGUGGUUUGUAUAUUCUCAAGAUUAUCCUGGUCAUACUUGUCUGGCUCAGGUAAUUUUUUCAAGGAAGACAAAAAAAAUCACAAAUAUUCCUGAAUAUUUUCCAUUCGAUUGUAUUUUCUCCUAAAGGACUGUUACAUAGUUAAAAAAAAUUGAUGCAUAUAACUCUUAAAAGUGAAAUUACUUAACUAAACUGGCAGCAUGGUCUAUAUGUAAAUAGACAAAUGAUUAAUUCAGAGCACAUAUUUGAUAAUGUUUGGAUCCUGCACUUUUUCCACGAUUAAAUUAUUUUAUUUCUCCAAAAAUGAGUGAAAAAAAAAAAAAAACUCUUUCAGAAAGAUCUUCUGUCCACAACAAUUAUAUAUGUUUGAUAUCUGAUUGGUAAUGUUUGAUUUCACACUGUUGAUUAACUUAAUACACUCCAAAGAUGUAUUUUUUAGCCAUUUAUUCAGAAAUACUUGAAUAUUCCAAACCUGGUUGGCUUGUCUUCUUUUCCAUUGUCUGUGGUACUUAGACUUCCAAGUGAAUGUGUUGGUGUAGAAAAAAAAUGGAGAUGGCCAUGACUCUUCCCUCUGCACACAAUAUCAGGAUACUUUGUGUUACACGUGUAAUUGUCCUUACUACUGAAAGAAAAUGUUUGACAACAGGGCUAAACUUGAAUGUGUGAUUGGUGGUUGAGAAUUAUAUUGGUGUUAUAUUGGACACCUGUCAUCAUUUGAAAGGAAAUUAAUAAGUGUACAUGGUUAAGUAGACUUGGGUAUCUCUAAACAGUUGUUUUUUUUUGUUUUUGUUUUUUUUUCUGAUAAAAUUUUGGUUUGCAAGUUAUAAGAGGUGAUAGGAGUUAUUUUUCUUAUUCUUUCUUUGAGUUUUUUGGGUAUGUACAAAUUAUGUAAGUUGUGCCUGUUAAUUUAAAAAUAAAAAUACAGGUUUUGA